UGCAUGCUGUUUUGCGUGCAAAAUACAGAGUUAGGGAUAGACAACCAACCCAUCCCGCCACCCUCCUCCCCACAAACACUUCACCCUCCUCUCGAUCAAUCGAAGGAAGAGCCGACACCAUGUCCGAGAGUGAUACUCGAAGCAGCGGCAAGAAGCGCCCAGCUCCGUCCUCAUCUGAAACAGCACAGCCGGUUUCACGUGAUGCGCUGAUGGAUGCUUUGCCUUACGUGGACUCAACUCAUGAGGAUUACGAGCAGUAUGCGUUGGCGUUGAUCGAAGAGGAAAUGAAGAACUCCAAGCCUCCGUCGGAUGUGUUGGGAUUGGCUCCAAUAAAGUUUCGAUCGCCUCUCAUGGAGGCUGAAUAUCAACGAUAUGUGGAGAGCGACGGCAAACCAGAACCCAUCAAGCUACCCAAGGCAUCCAAGACCCAGGCUCCAACUUCGGAUACCCUGGCGGAUUGGGACGAGUCUGUUCAACAAGCCAGAUCGGAAUAUGAAAGGGAAAGGGUCCGCAGCAUGAUAUUGGAUGUCAAGAAAGAUUCAGGAGCAGCGCUUUUGUGGAAGGGAUUCAACGGAAACUUGGACAAGGAACUGGAAGCCCAUCAAAAACUGCUUAAUGACCAGAGACAACGAGUCGAACAAAUCAACUUGCAAAGGAGCGAGGAUCAGCAAAAAACAGGAAAGCAACUCGAGAUAUUGACAAAUCAAUAUCAAGCUUCAUUGGAACGACGGUUCCGGCUCGAUAUGGCCAUCGAUGCUCUGGAGCACGAAAUUACGCAGCUCUCGUGAUUAUGAUCCGAUUCGAUAAAUAAUUACCAAGAGGGCGCUUCAUGGAUUGAUGUUUAUUGAAGGUGUCUACAGUAGAGAAGAAGGGAUUGUCAAUCAAUUCAGCAAAUUUGAAGUUCUGAAAGAGUUCCAUAGUGUGUUUUGCUACAUGUACAGCUGCUGCCAGCCGGAUAUGCUCACUGUGAACAGCACUGCACCAAUGAGUUCGAAACGUAACCUGAGUUUAAGGGGAUUGCGAUCAUACUACGGUCCUGUAGAGAUUCAAAUCAUAGCUCGGGUUAAUGCCUGC